UUGGGUAAUAUAUAUUAGAAAAAUAAAUUUUUUUCAGUUCGUUUUAAAUUUUUUGCGGUGUGGCUACCUUUUCUUCUGGUUACUGCGCCAUCUUGUGGCAAUGAGUUGGCGCAAGCAGCUGAUUAUUUCGUACUGUUGUACAGUUUGCGUGAAAAAUAUCUAAAUACGGAAUAGUUAAGAAAUUUUGAUUGAGACAAUUUUUGAAUUGUUUGCGGGAAACAGAAUGGUUGGAUUGUGUCGGUUAUGUGCCGCUAUUCGUAAGAAGGAUAUGCUUAUCCCAAUGAAUCUUAACAUUUACCAGAAAUUGAGGGAGUGCUUUGGAAUUGAAAUGUGUAACACUGGGGAUAAGCUUACCAAAUGUGCUUGUGGCAUUUGUUUAGAAACAUUGGAAAAUGCGUUUUCGUUCUUUCGGAAAGUAAAAGAGUCACAGGAAUCAUUAGCUUUAUUAUUAAAUAGUUCCAAAAAUGAUAAAUUGGAAAUUAUAAAUGAAGUUUGUAUUAGAUUAAAUGAUAAUGAUGAAGUUAAAGGCGGUAAUGUAGAGACCGAUAAUGUACUGACAUUAGAUUCCAUGGAGCUAAAUAUGCAAAUGGUGCAUAGAUGCAUAGAAGAUGUUGAUGACGAAUACCAAAGUUUGCAAAUUCUAAAUGUCAUGGAUGUAAACAGUUCGCUGUCUGAUCUAGAUAACAAAGCUGGACAGGAGAGUCCCAGCCAAAUUUCAGAAAAUGGUGCCGAUGUUAAAAUUGAAACAUACUUUUUGGAAGAUGUAGAAGACGUUUUAGAAGAGGAGUCAGAGUUAAAUGAAGAAACCACAUACACAAAAUCGAGAGAAUCAAAUGAAAGCAAUUUCAAAUCCACAGUUAUCGAAAUCUUGCCUGUUAACAACACCGUUUCUAAUUGUUCGAAGAGUAUUGAAGCAACCGAAUCUAAUAGUGUUCAAGUAUUCGAAUGGAGGUUAUACACAUGGAUUUGCUAUUCUUGCUCUGAGGCCUGCGAAACUUUUGCUGCAUUGCUUUUACAUGCUAAAGAGAAACACGAAGUGCAAGCGGUCAAUUAUCUGCAAUACAAGUGUGCUGAUUGUCAGAAAAUUUGUGCGCACUAUAAUAAAUUUCUUAAUCAUGUGCGAUUCCGACACCAUCCUGAAUUAAGUUUGCGUUGCGAUGCCUGCGAUGUUCAGCUGGAAUCUUAUCAACAAUUAGCUGCUCAUAGAGAGAAUUGCGCUGCAACACAACAAUAUCCUUUAGUAGAUUUGUGUAAUAUAUGUGGUAAGAGUUUUUACAAUCGAACUGCUACAUUGGUACAUUCACGUGCACAACACAAUGAGGAACAUAGUGACAGAACCAACUGGCAUCAAUGUACUCAAUGUCAUAAAAAGUUCAAACGGUUAGCGAAUCUGAGGGCACACGAACAUAUUCAUUCAGGUUUAAAAGAGUUUGUAUGCGAUAUAUGCGAUCGGAAAUUUCGUCAAAAACAUAAUCUCGAAGUGCAUUUAUAUACACAUAUAAAUGAACGAGUUUUCGAAUGUAAAAUUUGUAAUAAAAGUUUAAAAACAUCAACUAGUUUGGAAAAACACCAGCUGAUUCACAAAGAUAUCAAGAAAUUCGCCUGUGACUAUUGCGAUAAAGAAUUUCGGACAAAAGAUGCAAAGCUUUCUCAUGAACGUAUACAUACAGGGGAAAAACCUUUUAAAUGCAAGUACUGUGAUCGGGGUUUCCGUUUUCGUAGUGGAUUAAUGGGUCACAUUAAUUUACAUACGGGGGAUCGUCCAUAUUCCUGCCAGGAUUGCAAUCGUCAAUUCACCAACUGGGGUAAUAUGAACAAACACAUGAAACGUUGUCAUAAUCGCCAAAGCAGUGGAAAGAGUACUUAGUUAUGUUGAUGGCACCACAAUUAUAGCAAUUCACUUUGCUUUAUGCUGUAAAGGGUGUAUAAUACAAUGCCAAGAAAAGAAUACACUGCGUGUCCUGUCAUUAUAUCAGUCAAAAUAGCACUCAUUCGCAUAACAUUAUGCAAAAUUGAUUGCAGGUUGUCUUUGAUAUUAUAACAAAAUCCCGGCUAUGGUAAUUUUAAGCAACUUAUGUUAGAUAUAUAAUAUAAUAUUAUAUAAUAAAAUCAAGUAAUUUACAUACAUAAGUGAAGACUUUGGUACACAUUUUGAAAUAAACAUGUUGAUUGAGAAUGCCAUAUAAAAUAGUGUCAUAGUUAAGUAACAUCGUCAAGAGUUAUAGGGUUACAUGGGUUUCCUCGAGCAAAAAACGGCC